UUUCCACUCCAACGCAGAGUCCAGAGGGAAUCCUUUCGCUGGACCAAGUUGAGCCACCCUCCUGGGUUCAUGUGGCACCUCCACAGUCCUUUCCUCUGCGCCACCUAUUCUCAGCUGCGCUUCGAUCCGCCACUCUGCUCCUGGAAAUGUCUCGGUAGACAUUCAUACUAGUUGAGCUCCAAACAUUAUACAUGAGCAGUCAAUAAGUAUACCUGCGGAUCUGCUGCAGGAGGGGGGAGUUUGUUUUUGUUUUUAUGCGGCCGGGGACCUUUGUCACUUAAGGAUCUUUGCAGAAGUGAACAAUGCUGAGACUUCAGAGCAUCAUUUGCACUUUUUCUGUGCUGUCAGUCGCAGCAAAAUCAGAUUUUUUAGCGCGGAACUGCAGCGAGGUGAGGGAGGCUUGUUCUGAGAAGGGCUUCAUCUUCACACAUGUUCCUCACCAGGAGAUCCCAGGAGAAGAUCUCCGUGUUUGCACUCAUGAACACACUUGUUGCACGCAAGAAAUGGAGGACAAAUUUGGUCAGCGAAGUAAGCUUGACAUCGAAAAUCUGCUUGAUGAGAGAAGUCAUACGCUGAGAAGCACAUUUGUCUCCAGACAUAAAAGAUUUGAUGAAUUUUUCCUGGAGCUUCUGGAGAACACAGAGCGGUCCCUGAAUGAGAUGUUCGUGAGGACUUACGGCAAGCCUUACAUGCAGAACGCUGAAGUUUUUGAGAACCUGUUUGCAGAGCUCAAGCGAUACUACACAGGAGGAAACGUUAAUCUGGAGGAAAUGCUUAAUGAUUUUUGGUCUCGGCUGCUGGAGCGCAUGUUCACGCUGCUAAACUCCCAGUAUGUCAUCACUGAAGACUAUCUGGAGUGUAUCAGCAAGUACACAGAUGAGCUGAAGCCAUUUGGAGAUGUGCCCAGGAAGCUCAAGGCUCAGGUUACUCGUGCAUUCAUCGCUGCACGCACAUUCGUCCAGGGGCUUUCUGUAGGCCGGGAAGUGGCCCAGAGAGUGUCGAAGGUAAACAGCACACCAGCUUGUAUACGAGCACUGACAAAAAUGCUGUACUGCCCUUUUUGCCGUGGCAUACCAGGAGUGAAACCCUGCAAGAAUUACUGCCUUAAUGUGAUGAAGGGCUGCCUGGCAAAUCAAGCUGAUCUCGAUCCAGAGUGGAACCAGUACAUCGAUGCCAUGCUGCUGGUGGCACAGAGGCUCGAAGGGCCUUUCAACAUUGAAUCCGUCAUGGAACCUAUUGAUGUCAAGAUUUCAGAGGCCAUCAUGAAUAUGCAAGAUAACAGUGCCCAGGUUUCUUUCAGGGUUUUCCAAGGCUGUGGCCAGCCAAAACUUGCAGAAAUCCAGAGGUCUGCCCGUGGUGCUUCGGAUGUGCUCAACGCCCGCUUUAGACCCUACAACCCAGAGGAACCGCCCACCACUGCUGCUGGCACAAGCUUGGAAAGGCUGAGGAUGGUUUGGAGGACGAUGCAGUUCAGUGUUGUGGACAUAAAAGAGAAACUGAAGUUGUCCAAGAAGUUCUGGUCAAGCCUGCCUGAGGCAAUAUGUGUGGAUGACAGAGUGACUGCAGGAAACGCCAGUGAGGAGAAUUGCUGGAAUGGACACACCAAGGGCAGGUAUUUCCCUGAAGUCCAAAAGGAUGGCCUUACUAACCAGCUAAAUAAUCCUGAGGUGGGUGUCGACAUCACACGUCCUGACACCUUCAUCCGUCAACAGAUCAUGGCUCUGAGGGUGAUGACCAACAAACUAAGGAAUGCAUACAAUGGCAAUGACAUCUACUUUCAAGACACAAGCGAUGAAGGCAGCGGCUCAGGCAGUGGAAGCGGAUGCACAGAGGGCUGCACUACAGACAUGUACAGUGCUGCUACCGAAACCCCAGUGGUGAGAGCUGACCGAAGCGGGCCUGUGGAGGACUCUGCUGUGCACCUUGCACCUCCCAUAGCCCUGCCAACCAUGCUGGCUGUCUUAGCACUAGCUCUGCACCAACAAUGGAGAUAAUGCUGGAGCAACAAGCUAGUUAUGGACUGAAGAGUUUUCCUUUUCCUCUCCUCUCCGGCAGUUUUUGUAUUCAGGCACAUUGGAGCUACAGUCAAGCAAAGAGCAGGCUACCCACUUUGAUGGUGCAGGAUUCUGCUCUGAGAAAGAGAGUAGCCAUUCACAUCAUGAUUUUCCACUUUUCCAAAGAUCAUGCAGUGGCAUCCUUAGACUUAUAUCUUUUGGCAUCAUUUCAGUUUUUAAAACUGAUGUGGAUCCAACAAACUUUGCUUCAAAGAUUUUUUUUAUAAAUCUUUACAUUUCUCUCACAUGUCACAAGUAUAAACAUAGGGUUCCAUUUAGAAAGAAAACUAUAGUGUGCACUUUGAUUUUUUUUAUUGCAAAUUUUUUUUUGUCUUAAGAAAAUGUAAAAAAGAGAUGUGGUCUAAAUAUGCACCUUAAAAAGGUACAAUAAGCUGAUAAAUGUUUGAUAAUAUAUUUUAAAGAAAUGACCGUCUAAGUGCAAAUGGAUUCAGGAACCAUGUCCACUUUGGUUUAAAUUUGAUUAUGUAUAACACUAUAUCAAUUAUUGAUUUGUAAAGGAACAAAAAAAAAUCUUUAUCUUUGUCACAACUUAAAUGUUUUUAUUUUUGUUUUGUUUUUUUAGAGAAAUACACAUAUUGUUUUAUGCAAAAUCUGAAGAGACUUUUCAUGUGGCCUUUUGCUAAAACUUCCAGGAUUAGGAUUAACAUUUAAUGUUUUAACUCCAUAAUUUUAGGUUCUUAUGUUAGCUUUAAUAGUGUACAGCGUGUAAUAACUCAUUAAAAGGGGUGUUUUUUUUUUUUAUUAUGGAGCGCUGUUACCAUUUUUUUCAAGAGUCCAGAGAGAGCUAAAUGCUAAUUGUUUUUAAAAUUAUUGAUUGAUCAAUCUAUAAUUGGGUUGACAGUGAGUAAUUACUGGUCUUUCAUUGCCAGCAUAAGAGAUUUCUCUCCAUUCGUUUAAGUGGGAUUCUGGUGAGAGGUUAUGGCCAAUAACUUUCAGUAGAUAUCUAUCAUAUCAUAGGGUUAUUGAAACAAGAAUAAAAGGUUUAAACUAAACUCACACUUGACUGAGAUUGUUAUUACAUAGAGGUCUAUGGCUAUGUAUUAUGAAGACUUCUCUUGCCUGUAGCACAUAAGGGACUUUCUAGAUAACACAAACAGUGAAAAUUACAGAUUAAGUUUAUCCAUACAACCCAGUGUUAUGUUAGUUCAUCCUUCACUGGAAAUAGUUCUAAUGUGAGUUCACACAGGUUAACUCGAAAUGUAUCCAUAUUAAUAGCUUGUUUUCCUAAUAGUUUGAUCUACAGUCACACUUAAUACAUACAUUUGUUCACAAUCAUGUUUAAUCAAACACAGUUAUAAUAUAGUAUAGAAAAUUAUACAGUAGCAGCCAUUCAGAAUGGCCCUUCCCAUUCAAACUCCAGCCGAAUGUCAGCCAACUUCCAGCCCUUGCAGUGACCCCCUCCUUCUCCUGGGCAUGCUUUUUUUUUUUUUGUCCACCCUUUCACUGAAAUACAUGACCAAAAAUCAUGACAGGAGGAAUAUUUUAGCACAAAGAUUGAUGUUUAAAAAGGGAAUCUUAGGGAAGCAUCCAAGGGCCAAUCAAGGAAAGUGGGGAUAUUUUGAAUGGCUACUACUGUAUAUAACAAAUAUAAAUGAUCAUGUCAUUUAACAGUCUUAGCUGCUUGGCAUUUGCUUGAUCAAUAUGUUUGUAACUCAAACUCUUACUUUACCUUUACCGAGCUUACAAUGAACGUGU